GUGAGGGAAGGGAAGUGAGAGAGAGAGGGAGAAAGUCAGAAAGAGGGAGAGAGGCGCUCUAGCCGGUCCUUUCAGCGCGUGGAACAGUCGUGAGAGGACACAGUUACGCACCGGAAUCAUGGAUCCUGGUCAUCAACGUUAAAGCGCCACUUUUACGCAGCAGGGUGUUUCUAAAAUACGCGUUAAAAUGUGGACAAUCCCGAAGCCAAACUAUAGCAGUGGUUUGUGCGCCGAGGGGGAGAUUGUUGUGAACAUCGGAGGGGUCCGUGUGGUACUCUGCGGGGAUGUUUUGAACCGCUAUCCGGACAGCAGACUGGCAGAGUUGUUGAAGUGUUCAACUCAGGAUCAUGAAGUUAUCUCAUCGCUUUGUGAUGACUUUGAUCCUGGGAGGAAAGAGUUUUAUUUUGACAGAGAUUCCGAUGCUUUCAAGUGCAUCAUCGACGUUUACUACUUUGAUGAAAUCCACAUUAAACGCGGGAUUUGUCCAAUUUGUUUUAUUAAGGAGAUGGAGUUCUGGAAAAUAGAUCCCAGUGUUCUCGACGAGUGCUGCAAAAGUUACUUAAGUGAGAAAGAGGAGGAGCUGAAGGAGAUUGCUAAUAAAGUAAAGAUCAUUCUGGAGGAUCUGGAGGUGGAUCAGUGUAUCACGCGCGCUCAGCGGUGCCAGAGGUUCCUGUGGAGGCUGAUGGAGAAGCCGGGUUCCUCUCUGCCGGCGCGCUUCAUUGCCAUCGCUUCCUUCCUUUCCGUCCUGGUCUCGGCGGUGGUGAUGUGCGUGGGUACCAUCCCGGAGCUGCAGGUGACGGACGCGGAAGGCAAACAGGUGGAGCACCCGGUCCUCGAGGCGAUCGAGACCGCGUGCAUGUCUUGGUUCACAGCGGAGUAUCUGCUGCGGCUCGCGUCAUCUCCAAACAAGCUGCACUUUGCACUCUCCAUCAUGAACAUCAUAGACUUUAUGGCCAUCAUUCCUUUCUACGUGGUACUGUCCCUCACAUAUCUCGGCACCACAUCCAUGAUGGAGCUGGCUAACGUGCAGCAGGCUGUGCAGGCGCUCCGCAUCAUGCGUAUCGCGCGUAUUUUCAAGCUGGCGCGCCACUCCUCCGGGCUGCAGACUCUCACCUACGCGCUGAAGAGGAGUCUUAAGGAGCUGGGGCUGCUCCUCAUGUACAUGGGCGUGGGAAUCUUUGUAUUCUCAGCGCUGGCAUACACCAUGGAGCAAAGCCACCCAGAGACUCUCUUCAGGAGCAUCCCGCAGUCCUUCUGGUGGGCCAUCAUCACAAUGACCACUGUGGGCUACGGCGACAUCUACCCCAAAACCACGCUGGGCAAGUGCAACGCAGCCGUCAGUUUCCUGUGUGGGGUGAUAGCUAUAGCCCUCCCUAUCCACCCCAUUAUCAACAACUUUGUGGUCUUCUACAACAAACAGAAGGUGUUGGAGACCGCGGCGAAGCACGAGGUGGAGCUGAUGGAGCUGAAGGCUGGCGGGGGCGCGCGCAGGAAAAGCAGAAAUUGAGAUCAAUAUUUGAACGCAGUUCCGUAGUUGAAGCUUGAGGAAAAUCGAGGGCUGUUUUACAUGAAAUAAGUAAAAUGUAAUCUGUUGAAUGAUACUAAAAUCUUGAUUUCUGGGCUUUAAAUUUAGACAAUUGGACCUGCAGACGCGAUGGCACAGCUCCAUGCAGACUCCUGCGUUAUUGUAAAUGUAGUUUCUUUGUCCCGAUUUGGCAGCAGCUUGAUCAGAUAAUCAGAUGAUAAAUCAGAUGAUACUGAGCUUUUUUUUUUUCUUUUUUUGGUCAUUUUUAAACUAUGUUCAUGAUCCAUGUUCAUUAUUUCUAUCUGCUUUUUGCUGUAGAGCCGACUUUAACCCAAAACUGUUUGAUCAUUGAUAGUUACUUUGCUAAAUAAAAUCACCACACUAUUUGAAAGAAUCAAGGACAGAUAUUAGCCUUAAAGGCCAAUAAAUUCUCUUUUAAGUUUGUUGUAUUUAUCAAAUAUAUAAGGAAGAUCUGCUGCUUUGAAAACUUUUAAACACACAUUUAAUUAUUCUCACUGGUUAGCCGGAUGUGUGGCUUUAUGGAUUAGGACUCUGACACUGACUUUAACAUACAAAGACAAAGAGGAAAAUCUGCCUUGAAAUAUCAGGUAGAGGCGAAGUAAACAUGCACAAAGAGGGCUCUUUGUUUGUCAGAAAGAUACACUUAUCAAUUUUCUCCUGCAUGUACAGUAUACACAGUAUACACAUGCUAUAAGGUUUGCAUGCAGAGCUUUGUUAGAAAUCAGGUAGAAAACAGAACCUGGACUGUAGAGGAUGGGACAGGAGAAGAGCUGUCGUGCUGUUUAACUACAGCCUAUGUGUUUGUUGAUUGUUUUGGCACGUGACGCUAAGGGUGUUAUGAUAUCACAUUUUCACCUCACAAUAAUCAUUGCUAUGAAAUGUCACAAUAACUGUUAUCACAAUAUUUAUUUAAAACUUGAAAUAAAAAUAAAAAAUAUAUAUAUAUA